GUUCCCCAACACGAAAGAGAGACGAAAAAGAAAAAGCAGAAUCGGGUUCUGUUUGCAUGAUUGCACCGAUAUUGCUUUGAGAAAUCUGUUGGGUUUCGAUUAAUAAUAAAUCCAACGCAAAGGAGAGAAGGAAAAGAAAAAGAUUGAAGAAAUGGCAGAGAAACCUCAAGCGGUGAAAGUACUAUAUUGUCCCAUAUGUUCUCUUCCAGCUGAGUACUGUGAAUUCGGCCCUGAUUUCGAAAAGUGUAAGCCUUGGUUGAUCAACAACGCCCCUGACCUUUACCCACAUCUCCUUAAAGAGGCUGAUGAAAGGGAUGCUAGCAAGGUUUCUGAACAGCUCCAAUCAGUUGGUAUUUCCUCUGCUGCUGAUGUGGCGGCAUCUUCCUCUCAACCAGGGGAUGCAUCAUCAUCUAAGCAAGAAGAAGUAAAACGUCUUCCUGGUGGAAAAAUAAAGAAGAAAGAGAAACAAGAAGUUGUUAUUGAAAAGGUCGUACGUAACAGGCGCAAAUGUAUCACCAUUAUGAAAGGAUUGGAUCUAUUUGGAAUUAAGCUCAGUGAUGCUUCCAAAAAGCUUGGGAAGAAGUUUGCCACUGGAGCUUCAGUUGUUAAGGGGCCAACUGAAAAGGAGCAAAUUGAUGUUCAAGGGGACAUAGCAUAUGAUAUUGUGGAAUUUAUUACAGAGACCUGGCCGGCUGUGCCUGAAACUGCUAUUUUCUUCAUUGAGGAUGGGAAAAAGGUUCCAGCUGCUUGAUACUAGAGGUUGGAGCAAAACUUUGGGCUGAGCUUUUACAGCACAUUGAUAAGGCACUUUUGCUUUGACUGGACAGAGCAUCUAUUCAUCCUUAGUUGGAUAGUUUUCACCAAACCUGCUAUACCUUUUGAGAAGAAGUUCUGUCAUGUCGGAGAUAAAAUUGUGUACUGCUGGAGCAUUACUCUUCACUGGUUCUUGAAACAUCAUGCUACUUCAAUAUUUUUGGCUUGUGGCAUAAUCUUUUAUAUUGCAAGCUGUUUUUUUCUUUGAUGGGCAAAGCACUUAAAAGUUCGUUUUUGUAUGAAUGAUGUUGGAGGAAGAAAAAGUAGAUAGAUAGAGAAUAUCUUAGUACUUGAAAGUAAUGACCUGUUUUGAGCAGAACUUCAUAGCAAGUGCUCCGGUGUAUGCGAAGAAAUACAAGCUUUCUGCAUGGUAAAUAUGGAUUGGUUUUCCGAUCUUUUUAAUGC